UUUAAAACGAGUUUCUCAGCAAGGCAUUGACCGCGCAUUUGCAGUUGCACAUGAUGUGGCAGUUGUAAAACUACUAUACGAGAACGAAAAGAUCUCAGAUCAUGCAGUUACUGUUGCGUUCACGAGGUCGUUGAAUUCGUUAAAUCAACAUUUCAUCCCAUUCGAAAUCAUUAAAUUCUUGCACAAACUGCCGUGCAUUCCAUCGAGUUUGAUUGACGAGGCCUUCGUGCGAGCAGCGCAGGCUCAGAAAACAGAUACUAUCGAGGUUUUACGAGAUGACAGUCACCUCACCUCCAAGGCGAAGGGAGACGCAUUUGUAGAUGCAUUCAAGUGUCAAGGCGUCGAGAUAAUGAAGGAACUUUACGAAGAGAAGUGCACGCCCCCUUCGUCAGGUUGCUUUCCGUCGAAGAGUACGUGCCACGGGAAUAUAUGCACAAGACUUUCAUUGCUGCAGCACGACACGGGCAAAUGGCGAUUCUGGAAAUUGUUUAUGAGAAACAACCGGCGGAAUUGCGUGUUGAACGAUGCUCUUGAUGUGGCGGGGGCGAACGCCAAGA